AUGGUUGGAAUUUCAACUCGCAGAGGAACAAUACUACAAGAACUUCGAAAUCCACAACAAGAAGAGAUGGUUGGAGGAACGAACAAAAAUAACACUGGUAACCAGGGAAGUGAUGGCGCUUCACCACCUCCACCUCUCAAGAGGACACUCAAAGAUCUAACAUCCCCAUCGUUUGAUCAACAAAAAUUGUGUGUCAACUUGGAAGAUUCAAUUGAGCUCAAAUCUCAGUUGAUUCAUUGGUUACCGAAGUUCAAAGAGAUUCCAGGAGACGAUCCAAAUCAUCAUUUACUACUGUUUCAACAUAAGUUGACAAGUUUGAAUCCAACUGGAACUGAUCAAGAAAGAGCUUUACUGACAGCUUUCCCGUUCUCUCUAAUUGAUUCUGCAGAAGAAUGGUUUUAUAGUCUUCCACCUGGAAGUAUCACAAUGUGGGAUGAGAUGCAGAAAGCAUUUUUAGAAAAGUACUUUCCCGCCUCUAAAGCAGCAACUAUUCGUAAAGCAAUUAGUGGCAUUGAACAAAUUACUGGUGAGGCUCUUUACGACUAUUGGGAACGGUACAAGAAGUUGCUAGCGAGCUGCCCACAUCAUCAAAUCUCUGAGCAACUCAUAGUGCAAUAUUUUUAUGAUAGUUUGCUCCAAUCCGAGAGAAAUCUUAUUGAUGCAGCUAGUGGUGGUGCUUUGACAAAUAAAACCAUUUACGAAGCGACGAAAUUGAUCGAGAAUAUGGCUGCAAACACGCAGCAAUUCAACUCAAGAGGCGUAUCAAUGGGUCGAAGGGUUAAUGAGGUUACUUCUUCACCGCACUUAGAACAUAGGAUUGGUAACAUGAAGAAGAUGAUUCAACAAAUGGCCGUAGUAAUCAUUUUCUCUUAUGAGAUAGAAGCUGAACAAGUCAAUGCAGUAUUCCCGAAUCAGCAGAGACAAAGGUAUGAUCCCUAUUCCAACACUUAUAAUCCAGGAUGGAGAGAUCACCCCAAUUUCAGCUAUGCGAAUACGCAAGUAGCAGCUCCAGGGACGGUUUUUAAUCGCUCGAGUGGUUUCCAACAACCACAACCAACGCAGAACUCAGAAUCAUCAGAGAUGCUUGCUAUGAUGAAGAAUCUAACCACAAUGGUGCAAAAAUAUCAGCAAACGACUGAUGGUGCAAUCAAGGAGUUGCAGACACAAAUGAGCACCAUGAAAGGUAUAUUGAACCUUUUGGAGACGCAGAGUAGUGGGAAACUCCCUUCUCAACCUAUUAAUCCUAGAGAAAUUGUUAAUGUUGUGACAUUGAGAAGUGGUACACGAACUGUGCAACCAGAAAAUGCUGAGAAAAGCAAAGACCCCAAGGGGCCGGUUUUGGAGAGAGAGAUUACUGACUCUUCCCAAACCGAUGAGGUACCUAAAACAAACUGUAAACCUCUUGUUUCAACUUAUGUUCCUGCUUUACCGUUUCCUGGCAGGUUUGCUAACAAAAAUGUGGAACAAGACAAAGAAAUUUUAGAUGUACUCAAAAAUAUUCAUGUGAGUAUCCCGCUGAUAGAUGCAAUUAGGCAGGUACCUAAAUACUCAAGAGUUUUGAAAGACCUACGCACCAAAAGAAACGAUUAA